AUGAUUAGAGAAUUGAGUUACUUUCUUGGUUUCCAAGUAAAGCAAACUAAUGGUGGAUUGUUUAUAUCUCAACCAAAGUACACAAAAGACUUUGUCAAUAGAUUUGGGCUAGAUAACAAGAAACAUACUAGAACACCCAUAAGCAUAAGUUUUAAGUUAGGUCACGAUCCUACAGUUAAGAGUGUUGAUCAGAUACUAUAUAGGAGUAUGAUAGAUAGUUUACUUUAUUUUACUGCCAGUAUACCUGAUAUAACAUUUAGUGUUCGAGUUUAUGCGAGAUUUCAGGCUGACCCUAAAGAAUCUCACUUGAGUGUUGUGAGGCAUAUCAUUCGAUAUGGUAAUGUUAUUAUAGAUCAUGAAAUCUUGUACUCUAGAGAUUCUAAUCUUGAUCUUACGGGCUAUUCCAAUGCCGACUGUGUUGGGAAUGUCAAUGAUAGAAAAAACACAUCAGAGGAUGUUUCUAUGUUGAUACUAAUCUUGUAG